AGAACGUCUUCACCACACAGCGAGAUCUUGCGAUGAGUUCGCGGCAUGAGGACGAUAGGGAGCGAGUAAGUCGACGUGGCGUCCAGGAUGAGGCGGUGUUCACUCCGCGCGGUGGUGGAGGCACCAGGAGCAUUCAUGAUCGUUUGGGCGACCGCGCUGCCGCCGCAUCGCCGCCCCGGAAGCGGACCACAUCGAUUGACGAUGACAACGGCCCGAAGCGACGACGCUUGUCUGCCACGAACGUCAAGCCUACGGAGGACGACCCGAAAUUGCUGCAACGUAGCCGACGCAUGUUUGGUGCGUUGAUGGGGCACCUCGGCCGCGCGAAGAAGCAAUUGGCACAAGAUAGUGACUUGUUAAAGAAGCAAGACCGGCUGCUCAGCGCCGCAGAGGAAAAAGAGAAGCAGCACCGACGGGUCGUCCAGCAGCAGCAAGCACGGCGGAAGCUCGACUCGCAGAUUGCGGCGCAUAAGCGCGACGCUGUGGACAAAAUCGCGAAACUCGAGCGAAAGCACGCAUUGAGCAUCAGCAGCGAGCGGCACCAGGCACGAUUCCUCCAGACAGUGUCGCCGAUCCCAAUUUUCUACUUGCCUGCGCGGCACACCAAGGAGACACAGGCGCUUGUUGAUGCAUCCAUGGAAGCGAUCGAAGAGAAGAUCCUGGCACAACGUCGUGAAAUUGAUGCCAAGAAGCGAAGCAUUGAGGCUGAAUCCCAGCGCAAGAUCGAAGCCCUGGAAGCGGAACUGGCGCGCCUGGUCGACACCAAACCAGGCGACGGACCUCGAGACGACGUCCCGACCGACGUGACCACAAGUCCCCGUGACAUUGCGAGUCCCUCUGAGAACGACGACGUCGUGCAAGCCGACGAACCAUCGAAUCGAGACGACGAGAGCGAGGCCAACGAAGCCAAGAAGGAUGCGACGGUCCGGGAUGACAACUCCCCCGCUGCAGUCGAAGGGGCAUCUGCACAAGCGACGCCGCUAUCUCCUCAAGGAGCAUCGUCAUCCGUUGAAAAACCACCGUCACCAGUCAAAAAAUCACCGUCUCCGGUGAAAAUGCCGUCGCCAGCGAAGACGCCACCGUCGCCUGUGAAAGCGCCUUCCGCUGAGCAACAAGAAAGUUGUGAUGAUGCCAUUGAAUCCAAGCAGGAAGUGUCCGAAGGCAUGGACGACGACGCCAAGACUGAGAGUGUCGAAGGAGAUCAUGCCGAGACAAAAGAUGCCAGUGCAGCACCUGCUCUCAUUCCAAGCAAACUGAAAGUAGUCGAACUGCGACAGCACCUCAAAGCGCGAGGCCUGGACACGAAGGGACUCAAGGACGACCUCGUCAAGCGGCUCGAGCAAGCGCUGGCAAACUAAUCCCAUGAUGAAAAUAACAACGCAUGGGCUCUUUUCACACACGAAUUGGAUUUUAGUCGCCACCGCACCACGUGUGCGAAAAAUACAAACAUGUCGUGGG